CCACAGACCGGACUAUCGACAACAACACUGACACAUCGGAGCGCAUUUCUGUUCGCAGCCGGCUAUGGGUGUAGUCUAUCCGCGGACUCAGUAGCUCCGCCGGUAAAACCUGCAGGUUUCCUCCUCAUGAAGGAGCUCCGUCCCGGCUGAGUUUGGGAGAUGGGAGUCCAAAACAUCGCAGACCAGCCUCCUCUGGUCCAGGCUGUCUUCAAUCGUAAUGCUGAAGAAGUUCAACUACUAUUGCACAAAAAGGAGGAUGUCAAUGCACUGGACCAAGAGCGGCGUACGCCACUGCAUGCUGCUGCCUGCGUGGGGGACGUCCAUAUAAUGGACCUCCUCAUCGAAUCAGGUGCCACUGUAAAUGCUAAAGACCACGUUUGGUUGACCCCGCUGCACAGAGCGGCCGCUUCCAGGAAUGAAAGGGCCGUUGGGCUGCUGCUGCGUCGCGGUGCUGAAGCGACGGCGCGGGAUAAGUUCUGGCAGACUCCGCUGCACGUGGCGGCCGCUAACCGCUCGACACGCUGCGCUGAGGCGCUGCUCGCCACGCUCAGCAACCUCAACAUGGCCGACAGAUACGGGAGGACGCCGCUGCACCACGCCGCGCAGAGCGGGUUCAUGGAGAUGGUGAAGCUGCUGCUGAACAAAGGGGCCAACCUGAGCGCCAUCGAUAAGAAGGAGAGACAGCCCAUCCAUUGUGCUGCUUACUUGGGGCAUUCGGAGGUGGUGAAGCUGCUGGUGUCUCGCUCUGCAGAUAAGAGCUGUAAGGAUAAGCAGGGCUACACUCCUCUGCACGCUGCUGCUGCCAGCGGACACCUGGACAUCGUGAAGUACCUGCUGAGGAUGGGCACAGAGAUUGGUGCGGUGUCGGAUGUGUUUGGGGAGAGAGCUGCAGAGGGGGGUGGAGGAGGAGGCUCCGCCCCCCCGGGCCCGUCGCUCGGCCCCGUGAGGUGGAGACAGGAAGUGAGCGUCAGAGGAGCGAAGGCAGCAGGAAGGAGUGUGGUGGUGGAGCAGGUGGGCGAGAUCGACGAGCCGAACGGCUUCGGGAACACGGCGCUGCACGUGGCGUGCUACACGGGGCAGGAGGCGGUGGCCAACGAGCUGGUGAACCACGGGGCCAACGUGAACCAGCCCAACCGCUGCGGGUACACCCCCCUGCACCUGGCCGCCGUCUCCACCAACGGAGCGCUGUGUCUGGAGCUGCUGGUCAACAACGGGGCCGACGUCAACCAGCAGAGCAAAAAAGGGAAGAGCCCCCUGCACAUGGCGGCCAUUCACGGACGCUUCACACGCUCCCAGAUCCUCAUCCAGAACGGCGGGGAGAUCGACUGCGUGGACAAGUACGGCAAUACUCCUCUCCACGUUGCUGCUAAGUACGGCCAUGAGCUCCUGAUCAGCACUCUGAUGACCAACGGAGCAGACACGGCCAGACGUGGGAUCCAUGGGAUGUUCCCUUUGCACUUAGCGGUGCUCUACGGGUUUUCAGACUGCUGUCGCAAGUUACUCUCCUCAGGUCAGCUGUACAGUAUCGUUUCCUCCAUGAGUAAGGAGCACGUUCUCUCCGCUGGGUUUGACAUAAACACCCCCGAUAACUUUGGGAGGACCUGUCUACACGCUGCUGCCUCCGGAGGAAAUGUUGAAUGUCUGAACUUGCUCUUAAGUAGCGGGACCGACUUGAAUAAGAGGGACGUAAUGGGAAGGACCCCGUUGCACUAUGCUGCUGCUAACGGGAGGUACCAGUGCACCGUGACGCUGGUGAGCGCCGGAGCUGAGGUGAACGAGCCGGACCAGACGGGCUGCACCCCGCUGCACUACUCCGCCGCCUCGCAGGCCUUCAGCAGAGUUGAUCGGCAUUUUUCUGCAAACCAUCAGAACGAUGAGGACGAAGCCAAGGAGUCGUACUUCUGCUUGGAGCACCUCCUGGAUAACGGAGCGGAUCCGUCCAUGGUGAACUCUAAGGGUUACAGCGCCGUUCACUACGCAGCGUAUCACGGGAACAAGCAGAACCUGGAGCUGCUCCUGGAGAUGUCCUUCAACGCACUCGGAGACAUAGAGAGCAGUAUUCCAGUCAGUCCUCUGCACCUCGCUGCUGAUAAGGGUCACUGGCAGGCGCUGCGUGUCCUCACGGAGACGGCAGCGUACGUGGACAUGCAGGACGCCGCCGGGCGCUCUGUCCUCUACCUGGCGGCGCAGAAAGGGUUCCCGCGCUGCGUGGAAGUGCUGCUGGCUCAGGGAGCGUCCUGUCUGCUCAACGACACACAGCUCAUGUGGACGCCCAUCCACGUCGCAGCUUCUAACGGUCACUCAGACUGCCUGCGGAUGAUGAUCGAUUACGGGGAGGAGGGGGACCUCACCAACGUGGCGGACAAAUUUGGCCAGACCCCUCUGAUGCUCGCCGUCCUGGGGGGUCACACUGACUGCGUCCACUUCCUGUUGGAGAAAGGAGCUCUGCCCGACGCCAAGGACAAGAGAGGCAGCACGGCCCUGCACAGAGGGGCGGUGUUGGGGCACGAUGACUGUGUGUGUGCGCUGCUGCAGCACAAAGCGUCCUCAGUGUGUCGGGACGUGCAGGGCCGCACGCCGCUGCAUUACGCCUCCUCACGAGGACACACGGAGAUCCUGGCUGCGCUGGUGCAGGCCGCCAUGACCACCGGCACUCAGAACAACCUGCUGGACGACAAGCAGUACACCCCCCUCCACUGGGCCGCGUACAAAGGGCAUGAAGACUGUUUGGAGGUUUUACUUGAAUUUAAAACAUUAAUCCAUGAAGAGGGAAACUCGUUCACCCCCCUGCACUGUGCUCUGAUGAACGGACACAGCGGCGCUGCAGAGCGGCUGCUGGAGACAGCGGGGGUUCACAUGAUUAACACCAGAGAUGCCAAAGGAAGGACCCCCCUGCAUGCGGCUGCGUUUGCUGAGGACGUGGCAGGCCUCCAGCUGGUGCUCCGUCACGGCUCAGAGAUCAACGCUGUGGACGCCAGCGGCUGCUCCGCCCUGAUGGUGGCGGCCGACAAGGGGCACAGCGGCACCGUGGCGACCCUCCUCCAUCGGGCCAAGGCUGACCUGACGCUGCUAGACGAGAACAAGAACACUGCCCUGCACCUGGCCUGCAGCAAGGCUCAUGAGAUGUGCGCCCUGCUGAUCCUCGGGGAGAUCCACAGCCCGACGCUCAUCAACGCCACCAACAGCACUCUGCAGAUGCCUCUGCACCUGGCAGCUCGUAACGGUUUGGCCACGGUGGUGCAGGCGCUGCUGAGCAGAGGAGCCACGGUGCUCGCUGUGGAUGAAGAAGGCCACACCCCCGCUCUGGCCUGCGCUCCCAACAAGGACGUGGCGGACUGCCUGGCUCUGAUCCUCUCCACCAUGAAGCCUUUCCCCCCGCGGGACCCCUCCUCCUCCUGCUCCUGCGGCCCCCCCAGCGUGACCCCCUCCCCGGGGCUGAACCUGCUGAAGCACUGCGGCAUCACGGCCUCCUGCGCCCCGCUGCCCUCCAACGGCCUCCACAACGGCUUCGUGAAGGAGCUGGACGGCUGCCUGUCUGAGUGAGAGCAUUGGAAGAUGCACCAAGGCUUGAUUUUUUUAAUAUCCUAACAUAAUAUAUGCUCGAUGUAAUCCUCAUCCGUGUGAUAUUUGUGUGCAUGUAAACGCAGUCAGUGUCGUGGAUUUGCUGCUGAAAUGAAAUGAAAUGAUCCCGAGCCUUUUUGGGGUCUCUUGAACAAAAAUUAAAAUUCAGUUAUAUUAUUAUAGUUAUUAUUAUUAACGUUAGAGAUAGAGUACAUGUGUUUUUGUUUUGUAAUCUCAGGAUCUGUGCUGAAGCAGCAAGGCAGAAUUUAUUAACCAAUCAGAUCGCAGCAUUUUUGUGAUGGGAUGUUCCAUAAUUUAAUUUGUUUGUUUUUUGAAACCCAAAUCCCACAGCACUUAAUGAUUAGAUAGUGAAGCACGCACUUUAGUACAUUCAGGUUCUAAGUGUGCAACAUGGAGCAUAUGUCAGUGUGUACUUGUGUUUACAUGCGUGUGUGUGUUGCUGCUGAAUACAGGAAGGAAGGGUCGAGCGUUGAAAUCGUACUCAAACGAUGCAUUAUUUAAAAAACGAUAGACAAAAAAAAACCACUGCCCUCUUUUCUUUUCUCUGAGUUAUAUUUCAGGGCCCAAAGUGACACGGUGACGUUACCCAGCCUACUGGUUCUAACAAGUCACUCAAACAAAUCUCUCUGCAGCUACACACCCUUUGGUUGGUCCACAGUAUUCUUAGACAUGCUUUUUUUAUUUGUGUGAGUGAUUGUGCAUGGAGCUAGAUCAUGGUUUUGUAAAGAUUAGGGUUUUUAAAAUGUCAGAACAUACGAAGUUGUCAGAUCAAGUAUGACAUGCUUCUUGAAGCAGACUUUGAACAUACGGACGGGAAACAUGCUCAUGACCCUCUCUCUCAAAGCAGAGCAUGUAACCGAAGCUGAAAUCUGCAUUUUUCUGAUAUUGUCCUGUAUGCAAAUUCACGAUGAAUCAUAUUUGAUAAUGUUCUGGUUGUUGCAGCUCUGGUAACGGAUAAGCUAAACGGAGCAUCUACCUGGUGAAGCAAUGACAGGUCCAACUGUAGCAAUAGAGAGAGUGUGUGUUACCGUGUGCAGCACAAACCUUGCACUGCCAGCCGUUCAGGCCACUUCAGAAGAUCAGAGCAUACAUGCCAAUGGAAGAUUUCUAACAACGCUAAGAUGUUCUGAUAAUAAUAAUAAUGAUGUUUGGUCACAAGUGAAGGCCUGUUUGCCAAAAUGCAUGGAGAGGUGGACGAGCGGAGAGCCUCUCUUUAUUAAAGCAGCAAAGGGUUUAUGCAUUAGCCGUUUACAGUCCAAUCUGAGCCAUGUGACUGACGUGAAUGUAGGGUCCGUUCAGUUGUCGCUCUCCAUUUGUACGCGUAGAUAUGACGCAGGUAGCAACAAACUCUCUACAUAUGUAUACGUAGUAGUCUUCCUGCAUUGAUAUCCUUGUUUUGUGUUGGAGAAUCGGCCUGCCGGUGUGUAAUAUUCGAUAUAUUGUGUAGCGUACAAGGUGAACAAGUUAAUAUUCAUCCAUUCCAUUGAGAUUGCCUUACAGUAAAGAGGGACACACAGUAGAUCACACACUCGUCGUUUUAAUAGCCUAUAUUUGACAAAAAUGCACCUAAGCUACACCCAUUUAGUGCCAUAGAAACCUUUAUUUGCCUUUAGACAUAAAUCAUACUCACAUGGUCAGUAAAUAUUCAGAAGUAGGCAGGAUUAUCUGUGUUUGGAGCCGCAUGUUUUUCCACCAGUUAUUAUUAUUAUAUUAGUCAAAACUAUAUCAAUAUUUGCAUGGGAUAUUAAAAUGCAAGUGUUCUGUUGAAAAUGGUAGAAGUCAGUUGUAUAAUUUGACUUUUUGUAAUCCCUUUUGGUAUUGGCAAAGCAAUCCCUUGGUUGCGUGUGUGUGUGUGUGUGUGUGUGUGUGUGUGUAAUGAGAUAUUGUGUGAGAAAAAAAUAGUUGAUGUCCAAAAAAAGCAUGGUAUAGAAUUGAUUUGCCUCAAACGGAUGUCUCCGCACUGUGUGAGAGGGUUAGGGCCACAUGAGAGAAACAUUUUGAGAUGUAAAAAAAAAUUGAGUUCUGAAAUUAAAGUCAAAAUUCUGAAUAAAGUUGAAAUUCUGGAAAAGUCACAUUUUUGAAAAAGUCACAUUUUCGAUGAAAAAAUCCUGAAAAGUCAAAUUUCUGAAAAAAAAAAUUCUGGGAGAAGUUGAAAUUCUGUGAAAAGAGUAAAAAUAGAAAUAGAUGUUUUUAAAAUUAUGAAAAAAGUCAAGAUUCUGAAAAAAACAUGGAAAAGUCAAAAAUCUCACGAAAGUCAAAAAUUGUGGGAAAAGUGGAAAUUCAGUGAAAAAGUUAAAAUUCUAAAAUAAUGUUAAAGUUAUGCGAAGUAAACAUUCUGAUGAGAGAGAGAAAAAAAAAAUCUUAAAAGUCAAAUUUCUGAGAAAAUUCCCAAUUCUGGGAAAACAGUAAAAAUUCUGAAAAACUGUGAAAAGUAACAUUUCUGGGAAAAAAGUUAAAAAUUCACUUUUGCUCGCAUGUCAACCAUUUUCCUCAUGUGUCCAAAACCCUCUUCCUUACGGUUCUUACUUGAAGUAAAACGGCAAAUUUCAAUUCAACUCUCUGAUCCACUGUUGAGCCUUUUGCCUUAAAAAGCUGAAAAAUAAAAUGACCUGGCAGUAAGCGUGCGUCACCUGUGGAGCUCUGCUACUCGUUGGAUUGUUAAAUAAUACAAAUUAAUGUUUGGGUGUGAGGAGGGUUCGACGGUUGCCGGUGGUGCAGAGAUUGUUAAGGAUUUCGCCAUAUUUGCCACUGAAUGAAUGCAUUUCACUCGUUAAACAAUCAAAGUGGGCUCCUCCGUCAUCCGGGGCCUCGGGGGUUAAAGUGGUGUACCUCAAACACAGAAAAAAUAGAGAAAUAGUCUGGAAUUGUUGCUUAUUGUACAGCUAUGCUAACAAAGAGUUAUCUCUCGUGGUCCAGUGUGUAAACCCUGCGUAACCCAGCCGACAUCAGAGAGCUGUUAGAUUAGUUUCGUGGGGGCGUCGCGCCUCUUCUUAUCGGACCUGCAGUUUUUUUUACCUCAUCGGUGAUGUUGCUGAUUUCUCUCGUGACUUUUCAAUAUAUGCAUGUCGGAAAUGUAAAAACAACGAACCCUUUUUUUCCCUUUUGUAGACCGUGUUUCUCUUCAUUGCAGCCCACAGAGGUCACACAGGGUGAAGGUAGCUAUAAAACUUUACCUCUGGAAGUCAGAAAGACACUGAAUUCGACUGUAUGGCUAACGCUAGUUCGACCGCCUUCCCUUCCCGUUCAUCCCCCACCAGGAGUGUGACACACGGAGCACAGCGGUUGGCAUGGUGCCUUUUUAUUCGUUACUACCGAAAGGUACGGUCUUCCAUUCGUAUUUCCCAGAAGCCUUAUAAUGGGAACAGGAAAUGACACUGACUACAGGCUCCCCCCCCUCUCUCUGAUCUGAACUCGCGCAUAGCUGAUGCGACUUCUAUGUUUUUGGUCACGUUAUAUAGGGCACAUCUACACAUUUGAAUGGAUGGGGGGGGUAUAAUACAAAAAGCACAAAUCCAAAGAAGGCACCAAAUUUAGGGUUUGAUUGUCAUAAAAAAACACACUAACUGUAGAGCGACCGGCGUCAGAGCUCCUUCUGAUUGUUCCUCUUCACCCCAGAUCAAAGUGUAGGCAGAGUGUGUGUCGUGACUGCAGAAUGUACACUCCACGUGUUCCCUGUUGUUAGACUGACGGUAGUAGCGGUGUUGCUAACGGUGUGAUCAUACUAAUAACACAAGUGACGUAACCUUCGUUGUCAUUUUAAAGGCAUGGAUCUCUCUCUCAAGCUGACCUCGUUUUUGUUUUGUGGAAAAAUAGACAAAAGAUCAAAAAGUGCAAUAACCUUUUGUUUAUCGUUGCUUCCUUUGAGAAAUAUUUAAUAUUCUGUUUAACACCAAAAGUCCCUGUCUGUAGCACAUGAAGGAUCUGGUGUGUGUGUGUGUGUGUGUGUGUGUGUGUGUAGAGGCGGCGUUUGAUCGUGUGUGUGUGUUUGCUAUUUCAUCUGAAAACUGUGAUUAUAAUAUCGGACUUUUAAGAAGCUGCCUGCUCAGAGGAAGGACUGUGCACAAGUUGACUGAUAGAUUUGAGUAGGUGCGUUUGUUUUUGGACGUUGAUGGUAUUGUAGUUCUGCUUAUAGCCGGUUCAUUUGCAUGUGUAGACGUGAAUAUGCAUCCUCCUCCUCCUCCUCCUUGAAUGAAAAAUAUUUAGACCUGCUGUCAGUGACGUGUGCGGAUACAAGGAAAUAUGAAAUGCCUUAUAUUUGUUUUCAGUGUCGAGCAUUAAGGGUUCUUACCGUGUCCCUCCCUUCUCAGCGUGUAGCCUAAAGCGUGUACAGAUAAGACGCUCUGGAUAUUUCUAUCUACUGUAUAGCCUGUGUGUGUGUUUUCUGAUGUGUUUCCUGGAGGUCCUGUGAUUGUGGUUUUAGAGAAAAAAACAUUCCCCUUUUUGAAAGUGCCGUUUGUUUUUCACCAGCAGAGGAGGGGAACAUGUAAAACAAACACUUUCCGGUGUGUUACUGUCGCGCUGAAUGACACGAGGGAUUUGUGCAGGUGAAAUAAUAAUAAUAAGGCAGCAAUCUUCUGACGCAGCACCUUACAGACUUCUUCUUGUUCUUCUGGGGAAAUAGUCCCACGUUACUCUAACGCAGAGCCAUAUCAGACCAUUUGUCCCUUAGGAGCCCCCUUUUGAAUGUGCUAUUAGGAAUAGCCUACUGUAGGAAAGGAUUCUGCAUGUUCUGUGACUUGUGUUAGUAGCCGGGUCGUCCCUUUUCAUGUGUUUUUAUGUUUAGUCCGCUUCACUGUAGACGGUGCCACCUCAUUGCAACUCACAAGCUAUUAAACAAUCCUCACAACUGGACUGAGAGCAGCCUUAAAUCAUCAUCAAGAUAAUAAAGGGUUGCCUGUUUUUACUUUGAGUGGGGGGGUUUAAAAAAAAGGGGGGAGGGGCUGAAUCGGGGCACGUGAUGAGUUACAAUCAGUUUCACAGUGCACCUUCACUGAAGAGAAAACAUUUCAAAUUGAGACUUGGCUCGUCCGACCUACAUUCCAAAGUUUUAAUUUCUCCGCCGAUCAAGGAUUCUUUUUUUGUGUUUUGUGAAUGAAGUGCGACGUCGAUGACAGGGUUCCCUACUUUUUAACGCUGAUUACCUCAUUUACAAAUCUGCAAAUAUCCUGUGUGUAAUAAUGGAGUCGAUGCCAUCACCAGCACCUGUGAUGACGACAGGACCAACGGAGUUAGGAACAACAGCGUAGAGUCGGCCAGGCGGGAGACUUCGGGUUCAGACGACAGUUAUACAAUUAUUUUGUGAGGCCGCUAAGAUGACUUCAAUAUCCACCGCUGCUGCACCAGUCUGCACCCAGAGGCGUAGAGAGGGGGGGGGGGUGCUUAUUUGAGAUUUUGUGGUCAAAUAUAUGGCGGCGUAUUAGGGUCUUUGGAGGUGAGAUCAUAAUUAUAGAUUGGGGUGAUAUUAGAAAUAAGCUCGGGUUAGAAUUAUGUACAAUUUUGAAGAUAACAUUUGUCAAAUACACGACAAAAAAAACGGAUAAAUUACUAUUAAAAGGCAGACUCAGAUUAAAGUUAUUGUCACGAAAGAUUUCUGUGAUUAAUAUCGUAUAUGCACAAUAAGAUUUACGAUAAUCUCUGAGAAUAAUAUCUACUUUUUACGAUAAAAGUCUUAACUUUAAGAUAAAAGUAGUAAAAAUGUACGAUAAAAAACGAAUAAAUUACUAUUAAAAAAGGCAGAUAUUUUCUGACUCAGAUUAAAGUUAUUUUGGCACGAAAAACAUCUGUGAUUAAUAUCGUUAAUGCACAACAAAAUGUACGAUAAUCUCUGAGAUUAAAAUCUACUUUUUUAGAUAAAAGUCUUACAUUUUAAAAGAAAAAAUUCGUUUUUCUGUUGGAAAAAACAUGGAUAUUUUCUGAUAGUCAUAAUAUUUAGAGAAACAAAAACUCACAAAUCUAUGAGAAGAAUAUUAAAUAUACCCUUAGAUAAUAGUCAUAAAUACAAACUCAUGAAAGUCUGAAAAAUAUUUUUAAAAGGUGUUUUUCUCGUAAAUCUGUGAGUUUUAUUUUGAUGUUUUUAUGACUUCAAUCUCAUCACCACCCGUCUCCCCUCUCUCCCUAAUUUCAAGUAUUAUCAUUCUUACCUCUAAAGCCACUAAUACGCCAUCGUACAGAUCGAUAUCCCGCGUUAUUGAACUAAAGGAAAUCUCCUAACGGCAGACUGGACGGCGGCCGCUGGCGUUUCUCCACGUUAGCAUCACUUGCUGUUUUUCAGUAGCAUUUCUCCUACCUCCAUGUUUUUUGAGUAUCGUUUGUCUCUCCACCUAAUAAUACAAAAAUAUUCACAGUACGGGAUAACAGAUUUAUCAUAAGCAAUGGUAGUUAAAAACAUAAAGUGUGCUUGGUUGUGCUGUAUGUGUAUAUGUCUUAUUUGACGUUGAUUCAAAAAAAAAAUAUUUAUGAGAAGCAUUUAUACGACAAAAUACCACUGGAAUGUGAAGCCAGACAAUGUUAUGAUGCAGAUUAUGAUGAUAGUCUAUCCCCUUUAACAUUCAGAGGAGUUUUAUUUCACCAUGCAUUGGCUUUUAUUUGUAUUUCUUUGCUUUCCUCUUACUGCCCUGUGUAGUUUGCAUUACUCCGACGUUUACAGCUUCACCGUCGCUCCCUCGCAGCUGUAAAAGAAACGAAUAACUAAACUGGUGGAUUUGUAUUUCUGUACGAUGCCUUUCAACACAUCUGUCCACUCAAAACCAAAUUUUACAGGCGUCCGUCUCACUGCCCCCUUCAGUGUAACAGUGAGGGGUGGGGGGAGGGGGGGGCAGGAGGUGAAAGGUUUGAGGUUUACGACCCCCCCCCCCCCCCCCCAUUUAACCCCUUAAUCCAGAACAACCCCCACCCUCUUCCUGAAACCUCAAGCCGUUCAUGAUUUUUAUUUAAUUUUCAUUUCUUUCUUCUCGACAAUGCAAUCCUGAAAGCACUUUGCCUUGUUAUUCCUUUGUGUGAACAUGUGAAUGAUGAUUUGUUACAACAAUGUUAAAUAUGUAAAAGAUCAUUCACUGUUUUGGAAAAACCUGCAUCUGUCUUUCUGACGUUAAAAGAAAAGGAAAAAAAAACAAUUUAGUGACAUUAAAAACCUGAAUCUAUUUUAUAAAAUGUUUGCUGCAGCCAAUUGGUCUCGUCAUUCAGUAUUGUGGCUUAGGGUUGUUUGUGUUCAAUAAAGUGCUAUUGCUAAAUAUUC